UCCCUUACUUCCGCAUAUACUCACGCUUUUCCUUCGGUCACGAGCACUGCUGGUAUUCUUCUUCCCUCGCCAUAAUCAACGGAGUAAAAACACGUACAGUAAUGGCUAGAGAUAUUCAACUUUCACAAAAUGAAGAUUUCAAGUUCCACGAUAACUGUAAACAAUUCGUACUUGCCGUAAAGAAGCUCAAAAGCAGACCCUCCCUGAGAAAGAUGACGUGGUAUAGACGAUCUUAUCGACGGCUGAAAUAUCCAGAGGAUAAGAAUUCAACAGGUUUUACCUAAAUCUUUUCACCAAUGGCCGAGAUGAGCAAGAUGAGUUCGUUCGCUCGACUGAAACUUUUGACAUAUUUGGGAUAUUUAAUAUUAUUGACGAUCUAUGUACUGUGUCUGGUGAUAAGUCAUAUUCAUGCAGCACCUACAUGUCCAAGAAAUGUAGGCAUUAAUAAAGUUGGUUUCUGCCUCUCUAAUCGUUCUUUCUAUGAAUGGGAGUGUAUGCAAUGUCCUCAUGGAUUAGGGCAAUCCAUUCAAUGUGGGCGGAUAUAUUAUGAACUGUUGAAAGUGCACUGUGUUCCUUGUGAGAAUGGUACAUCAUACUCAAACUCAAAUGACAAUGGACAGUGCAUAAAAUGUAAAAAGUGUCAGGAAAAUGAACUUAAGAGUGGACAAUGUUUGCCAGAUAAAGACACCACAAAAUGCGUCUGUAAACUAGGAUAUUAUAGGGACAGAGGACACUGCAAGCCAUGCAGCUGGUGCUGUGGAGACAAGAGUAAUGAUCAUGUAGAGGAAUGUAAACAUUUGGAAAAGAAAUGUUCCUAUAAUGCAAAAUCAUGUGAUCCAACAACAACUUCUGCACCAACAACUACAGCUGAUCCAACGACUCUGGCACCAAAAACAACGGUUCCUACAGCAAAACAACCUAGGACAGAGGAAUCACAGAACAAAUCCUAUCCCUUCACCAAUGACUCAGAAAAGACUGUCACUCCCAACGAUUCUAAAAAAACUGAAAAGGAACAUAGCGGUGGAAAAAAGAGCGAAAAGAAUGGAUUGGUCCUACAAAUUUUAUUGUCGUUUAUAGUAGUAGUGCUGAUUAUUUUACUUGCUCUGGUUAUAUAUUGUUGCUGCAAAAGAAGAAGCAAUUCUUCUGAUGGUGGUUCAAAUGAAAAUAGUAGUUCAACUUCCAAUGCAUCAAGCUUAGCUCCACUACUUGACAAAAAACGUGACGUUAACAGCAAUAAGUCUGGAGAACAUGUAGACUUAAAGCCGAGUGAUGAUUCAAGUGCUACAUCUCAUGCAAAAUCUAAAG